ACCUGCGGACGGACGCGGGCUGCCCGCCAUCGCCUUUUCACCCCCCAGGUGAUGAGCGAGGUCGGGAGCAGGGAAGAGUCACACAGAGACCGGGGCCUCCGGAUUGAAUGAAACGCGUGCGAAGGCGUCACCAUGAACACGAGCAUUCCCUAUCAGCAGAAUCCGUACAAUCCCCGGGGCAGCUCCAAUGUCAUCCAGUGCUACCGCUGCGGGGACACCUGCAAAGGGGAAGUAGUCCGAGUCCACAACAACCACUUCCACAUCAGAUGCUUCACCUGUCAAGUGUGUGGCUGUGGCCUGGCCCAGUCAGGCUUCUUCUUCAAGAACCAGGAGUACAUCUGCACCCAGGACUACCAGCAACUCUAUGGCACACGCUGUGACAGCUGCCGGGACUUCAUCACGGGUGAAGUCAUCUCUGCCCUGGGCCGCACCUACCACCCCAAGUGCUUCGUGUGUAGCUUGUGCAGGAAGCCUUUCCCCAUUGGAGACAAGGUGACCUUCAGUGGUAAAGAAUGUGUGUGCCAGACAUGCUCCCAGUCCAUGACCAGCAGUAAGCCCAUCAAGAUCCGGGGACCAAGCCACUGUGCUGGGUGCAAGGAAGAAAUCAAGCAUGGCCAGUCGCUCCUGGCACUGGACAAGCAGUGGCAUGUCAGCUGCUUCAAAUGCCAGACCUGCAGCGUCAUUCUCACCGGGGAGUACAUCAGCAAGGAUGGAGUCCCCUACUGCGAGGCUGACUACCAUUCCCAGUUUGGCAUUAAAUGUGAGACUUGUGACCGAUACAUCAGCGGCAGGGUCUUGGAGGCAGGAGGGAAGCACUACCACCCUACCUGUGCCAGAUGUGUGCGCUGCCACCAGAUGUUUACUGAAGGGGAAGAGAUGUACCUCACAGGUUCAGAGGUGUGGCACCCCAUCUGUAAGCAAGCAGCUCGGGCAGAGAAGAAGCUAAAGCAUAGACGGACGUCUGAGACUUCCAUCUCCCCGCCUGGAUCCAGCAUUGGGUCACCCAACCGAGUCAUCUGUGCUAAAGUGGAUAAUGAGAUCCUUAAUUACAAAGACCUGGCAGCUCUCCCCAAGGUUAAGUCCAUCUACGAGGUGCAACGCCCCGACCUCAUUUCCUACGAGCCUCAUUCCAGAUACACGUCCGACGAGAUGCUGGAGAGAUGUGGCUAUGGAGAGUCGCUGGGAACAUUGUCUCCUUACUCCCAGGAUAUCUACGAGAACCUGGACCUCCGGCAGAGAAGAGCCUCCAGCCCAGGGUACAUCGACUCCCCCACCUACAGCCGACAGGGCAUGUCCCCCACCUUCUCCCGUUCACCUCACCACUACUACCGUGCAGGGCCCGAGAGUGGCAGGAGCUCUCCAUACCAUAGCCAAUUAGAUGUGAGGUCCUCCACUCCAACCUCUUACCAGGCUCCCAAGCACUUUCACAUCCCAGCUGGAGAAAGUAACAUCUACCGGAAGCCCCCAAUCUACAAACGGCAUGGUGAUUUGUCCACAGCAACCAAGAGCAAAACAAGUGAAGACAUCAGCCAGGCCUCCAAAUACAGUCCUGCCUACUCACCAGACCCCUAUUAUGCUUCCGAGUCUGAGUACUGGACCUACCAUGGGUCCCCUAAAGUGCCCCGAGCCAGAAGGUUCUCAUCUGGAGGAGAGGAGGAUGAUUUUGACCACAGCAUGCACAAGCUCCAGAGUGGAAUUGGCCGACUGAUUCUGAAGGAGGAGAUGAAGGCUCGUUCAAGCUCCUAUGCAGAUCCAUGGACUCCUCCCCGGAGCUCCACCAGCAGCCGAGAGGCCCUGCAUACCGCUGGCUAUGAGAUGACCCUCAAUGGCUCUCCACGUUCUCACUACCUGGCUGACAGUGAUCCUCUCAUCUCCAAAUCUGCCUCCCUGCCUGCUUACAGGCGCAACGGGCUGCACCGGACACCCAGCGCAGACCUCUUCCAUUAUGACAGCAUGAAUGCAGUCAACUGGGGCAUGCGAGAGUACAAGAUUUACCCUUAUGAACUGCUGCUGGUGACCACGAGAGGAAGAAACCGACUGCCCAAGGACGUGGACCGAACCCGCUUAGAGCGCCACUUGUCCCAAGAAGAGUUCUACCAAGUCUUCGGCAUGACCAUCUCGGAGUUCGAGCGGCUAGCCCUCUGGAAGAGAAAUGAACUGAAGAAGCAAGCCCGGCUGUUCUAGCAGAGACCCUAUACAUAUAGAUGCAUUUAUAUAAAGAUGUAUGUAAAUCUACACCGCCACACGGCGUAACCCUCUUGUGUAACGGGACACACUGCCUGCCAUGAGACUUGCUUUUCUGUGCUGUCAGGCAAGCCCACAUCAUUGAAGUAUUUUUAUGCUCCUUACUUCUCUUUUCUAAGUGCUGUAAGAUCAGGAAAGGGAUUUGAGGGGACUCUGCCCUUUUACUGAGGGUCCUUUUUAUACUGAAACAUCUGUCCCAACUUGAGUCCUCCAAGGUCUGACUUUCUUUCCUUGGAAUGGUGCCUGGAGAAACGUCUCUGCUCCGCUGCUUGGCUCUC